UAUUGGUGUUACUGUACCCGGAUAAACUCAGCUCUGUCAAGCUCGCGCGAGAGUCCGACUUUCGUUUCCGUGGCAACAGAACAGUAUCUAUGUAAACAUUGUACAAACGCAGCGAAGAAGCAGGCAGCAUGGCAAAUUCGUCCUCAGCAGAAGCAAUCGAGAUGGAAGAAGGCGCGUUCUAUCUGGAAAGGGUCUCCGUAAGUGAAUAUAACGAAGAUGACUACCAGUAUGAGGAGGUACAGCCUGACGAAGACUGGAGCCUUGGGGAUGCCAGUGAAGACCUGGAAAGCGCUAUGAAAGCUGUCAUUGGUCAGCUAGAGGAAACUGAAGCGACUCCCAGGAGACCAGCCUCGACUAAAGAAGCCCAGACAAAACAUCCAGAAAUAGUUGAUGAUUUUUUGCGAAACUUUUUGAUCAAGAUGGGAAUGCAUAAGACUUUUGACUGCUUCCAAACUGAGUGGUACGAAAUGAUGUACCGAGGAAUUCUUAAUUUGGAGCAAAUGGCAUUUGUUCCUGAUGUCUAUGUCCAGAACCAGCUAUUAGAUAAUGAGCUUAAGAGCCUAAGAAAGCAGAUUGAGAGUUACAAGCAAGCAGCAUUUAAGGCAGCAGAAAUAGUGGUGAAGCUGCAGAAGGAACGGGAUUUCCACAGGAUGCAGUACAGACGUGUCGUGCAGGAAAAGAACCGCCUGAUAGGUGACAUUAAACGAGUGAAGAAACACUAUGCAUCCUAUGAGCCAGCACUGAAACAACUGAAUGAUAAAUACAAGACUGCACUUAAACAGAAAAUGCUGACCAGUUUGGAAAGAGACAGAGCUGUCGCCGAGGUGACAGGUCUACAAGCUACUCUUCGCAAUGUAAAGCCAGAGUAUGACAUGCCUCCCUCAAGUUCAUCAAGUCAAGAAUUACGAGAAACCCAGGAUGACAGAAAGCAGGACAGUGAAGCAUUGGAACCCAGACAGCCAAGCAAAUAUGUCAGAAGCAGGCACCCAAAUGACUCCGAAUUUCCAGUGGACACUAGAGUCAAUCCGUACCUUUCCCAAAUCAAGGCAACUGCUAGUCAUAAAUCUGGAUACAGGCUGGCCAGUACCUUGAAUGUGCAUGAACUUCCAGUUAGCAGCUUGGCCUUGCAUCCUCGGAAGCAGGUCAUAGUCACCACAGGUGAUGAUCAUCUGUGGAAGAUGUGGUCACUUCCAAGUGGUGACAUUAUGAUGACUGGAGAAGGCCACAGUGACUGGUUGUCCAGCUGUUGUUUUCAUCCUGGUGGAGGCAAGCUGGCCACUGGCAGUGGCGACACUACCGUGAAAAUCUGGGAUUUUGCUAAAGGUGAGUGUGUCCUCACUUUUGAAGGUCACAGCCAUGCAGUUUGGGGCUGUGCUUGGCACUCAUGUGGUGAUUUCCUGGCAUCCUGUUCCAUGGACAACACUGGCAAAAUCUGGGACCUCAAUAGUGAGAGAUGCCGAUAUACACUGCGUGGUCAUGCUGAUGCUGUGAACAGCAUUGUGUUCCUACCCUUCUCUAACACCUUGCUUACGAGCUCAGCUGACAAAACCCUCUCACUGUGGGAUGCAAGGACUGGCCUCUGUGCUCAGACAUUUUAUGGCCAUUUGCAUUCCUGCAAUGAUGCAAACUUCAACAUGAUGGGAGACACAAUUGUGUCCUGUGACUCCUAUGGGACUGUGAAGCUAUGGGAUGUGCGAAGAAUGACAGCAAUGUUAACGAUUGAUGCUGGUCCGCACCCAAGCAAUCAAGUCACUUUUGACCCCCUAGGUCGUCUAGUCGCUAUAGCUAGCAAUGAUGGCUCAGUGAAACUCUUAGACCUUAGUUCAGGAAAGUUGUCUGACUUAGUGGGGCAUGAAGAUGCGGUGCAGUGUGUGUGUUUUGACCACAAAGGUGAAUACCUGAUAUCAGGAGGUUCUGAUGGCACCCUGCGUCUCUGGUCUUGAAGAUACAUGUAUGAGUCCCUUUACACUUUAAGAAAUUAACUAGUUUUGUAAUGAUUCAAAUUUAUUAUGUGUACUGCACAUUUCUUAAUUAUCAAUUAAUGUCAUGUUGGUAAACAGUUUAUGUAUAAAAGAUGGGAAACAGUCAUUGAGCUCAUACUCUUUGUAUUGCAUUCUGUUACCUUCUGUCCACUGGCAAAUCCUCUUAAUCCAGUUCAUAGUGGUGGGGCUGGUAGGAAUGGUGAUAAGGUAUGGGUCAUCCCUGGACGGGGCACCUACAGACCUACACUCAUUCAUAGUCUCCAAUGAACAAAACAUCUUUAAAAUGUGUUUGGGGGACCUGAAACACCUGAAGAGUAACAUAAACAAGCACAAUGAGACUGUGCAAACUCCACUGACAGAGAACCCAGAAUUCUGGAGCAGUGACACAGCAGCACUAAACACUGUGCCACCAUGCCCUGCCUGUUUCUGUUUAUAACAGAUUAAUUAGCCUGGUUUGCUUAAUUAACUUUUCUGCAACCCUGAACUGGAUGAGUAGGCCUAAGUUACAAAAUGGGUAGAUGGAUGAAUGUUUUAUCAACUGCUUGAAAAUGUCAAAAUCUUACACAGAUUUACUAAAUAUUUACUUUUUGUAUUGCACAAUGCAGCACUCAAAAUAAUAUUGCUAUAACAUGUUGAUUUAAUUUUAAUCAGAGUGCAGUACCUGUAGUUUUCCAAAUUAAUUUGUCUAAUAAAGUUAUAAAGCAUUCUUAUCUACUCUGGUAAAAAUCAUGAACAUGAAGUAGCCAAACACAAUCAUGAAGGCACAAAAGCCAAAAGAAGGGUAACUAUUUAUUGUUCUUUUUAGAUAAAGGCACUACAAAUAAUUAAUAUGUAAUAAAAAGUAAAGAUUUAUUUUUUGACCUGAUUUGACUAUAAAUGCAAUUCUUACUAUUGCAUCGUUACAAUUAUGUGUUAUACACUAAUAUUCUUUAUAAUGAAAAUUAGCCAUUUCCUGCUUGUUUUAAUAAAUGCUUAUAACUCUACAAUAA